AUGGUGGGCUCCAAGGAGAUUUCCCUGUCUGCAUGUACAACCCAACUUUUUGCCUUUGUCUGUCUGUGCUCCACUGAGUGCUUCCUCAUCACCUCCAUGGCUUAUGAUCGUUGUCUGGCCAUCUACAGGCCUCUGACAUAUGGGACAGCUAUGAGUUCCCAGACUUACGCCUCUCUGGUGGGGGUGGCCUGGGUCAGCAGGCUCCUCUUCUCUGCCUUCCACACAGCCAAUACCUUCUCCUUGCCCUUCUGCGGUCCCAACAUGACCGAUCACUUCUUUUGUGACAUCCCUCCACUCAUGCGCCUCGCCUGUACCAAUACGCAAGCCCACGAGGCUGCUGGAUUUGUGGCUAGUGGUUGUGUCGUUAUUACCUGCUUUUUGCUCACCCUUCUGUCUUACAUUCACAUUGUGGCCACAGUGGUGCAGAUCCGUUUGGCAGCUGGCCGCCAGAAGUCCUUCUCCACAUGCUUUUCCCACCUGGCCACGGUGCUCCUGUUUUAUGGCACUGGCAGUUUUGCCUACAUGCAGCUUGCUGUCCACUACUCCACACUGCAAGGGUGCCUGGCUGCUGUCUUCUACUCUGUCCUCACUCCCACCCUGAAUCCACUAAUCUACAGCCUGAGGAACAAGGACAUGAAGGGUGCCCUGCAGAAGCUCUAUCUUCGGGUGCCAUCUUAG